CGUCACGCACCUCCCGGCGAGCACCGCCUGCGCCGCGGCGAGAGAGGCGUCGUCGGUGCGGGAGGCUGGGUCGCGUCGCCGCCGCGGCGGGUUACCAUCGUUUUUCCAGUCUGUCGGCGGCCACCGCCGCCCGAGACAGAACCAGAAUGUUCAGGAUGCUGAGUAGCAGCUUUGAGGAGGACCCGUUCUUCUCGGAAUCCAUUCUUGCACACCGAGAAAAUAUGCGACAGAUGAUGAGAAGUUUUUCUGAACCCUUUGGAAGAGAUUUGCUCAGUAUCUCUGAUGGUAGAGGGAGAGCUCAUAAUCGUAGAGGACGUAAUGAUGAUGAAGAUACCUUGACUGCAACAAAUUGUUCUCUUGUGCUUUUUGGCAGUUUUGGUGGUAUGCAUACAGAUGUCAGCCCUUUUCAGGCAGUGGACCAAAUGUUGUCAAAUAUGAGAAACCGUAUGCAGCAAUUAGAAAGAAACUUUGGUCAACUUUCAGUGGAUCCAAAUGGACAUUCAUUUUGUUCUUCCUCAGUUAUGACUUACUCCAAAGUAGGAGAUGAACCGCCAAAGGUUUUUCAGGCCUCAACUCAAACUCGUCAAGCUCCAGGAGGAAUAAAGGAAACCAGGAAAGCAAUGAGAGAUUCUGACAGUGGACUAGAAAAAAUGGCUAUUGGUCAUCAUAUCCGUGACCGAGCUCAUGUAAUUAAAAAGUCAAAGAACAAGAAGACUGGAGAUGAAGAGGUCAACCAGGAGUUCAUCAAUAUGAAUGAAAGUGACGCUCGUGCUUUUGAUGAUGAGUGGCAAAGUGAGGUUUUGAAGUACAAACCGGGACGCAAUCUAGAAGACACUAGAAUGAGAAGUGUUGGCCAUGAGAAUCCUGGAUCCCGAGAACUUAAAAGAAGGGAGAAACCUCACCAAAGUCCAGCCAUUGAAUAUGGAAGAAGAUCAAAUGUUUUGGGGGACAAACUCCACAUCAAAGGCUCAUCUGUGAAAAGCAACAAAAAAUAAAAAGCCAUGCAUUUGAAUUGUUUAGUUUUGGUUAACAGUUAGUAAUGGUGCUGGAUAAUAAGCAUAAGACCAAUCUCUUGUUAAAUUAGUUCUGUCCUUGGCAACUUUCUUCUGAUAAUCUGAAUAUUCAUGAAAGUCCUAGCUUUAUAUCGUCCCCCUUUUAGGAAUAAAAUUUUGAUUUUCAACAAUGUGA